UCUCCAAAUACAGUCACAUUCUGAGGUCCUGGGGGUUAAGGCUUCAACCUAGGAACUUGGUGGGGGGAACACGAUUCAGCCAAUGACACAGGUCCCAGCUCUUGUGCCAGAUCGGCUCCUUUCUGUGGCCCUGAGCUCUGCAGAUUCCUCACCCAUACCUGGGACUUUCCUCUCUGCUGUUGAGCUGCUGCUAAGCGAUCAUAAACAACAGCAUCUCCACUAGUUGGGAUCUCCCUGUGGGGAGCACAUGGCUACCACUCCCCCUCAGCACACAACCUUGCAGUUGGGGAGUGUGAUCACGCACACACACACAUGCACACGCACACACAUAUGCACCUGGCAGCUGGAGAAGAUCCUGGUUUGGGGGACACAGGUGUUCCCCAACCCCUAUUCCAGAACAACUUCUGUGUAUAUCUGACCCCAAGCUCCGAUCCUCCAGCCCGGCCUCGCCUCCAAAACCCUGGAGCUGUUGCUCACGCUUCCCGCUAGACCCCAGCUCUUGGCUUGGAGAGAUCGAAUGCCAAGAUGCUCAGUGACUGAUUAAUCUGUUCAUUGCACAAACGUGCCUCAGAGGCUGGUGCGGUGCCAGGCACUGAGCCAAGGGGUGGUGACGUGGACAGGGACGUCCCAAGGAGCCUGCCACCGAAAGCUCAACGCUGGGGGCAGAUGCAAGAGCUUGAAACCUUUUCCAGCUCUGAUGGUGUCCCGGGGCUCCUCAGACGUCUGCUCUAACCUUUAUGUCCACCCAGAGGAUUAGGCAAAAGUGCCACCACUUUACUGGAGGGAAAACCGAGCUUCACAGAGGUUAACCGGCAAGGCAUGGAAGAGGAACCCAGGUCUGCCUGCCUUAAGGCCUGGGGAAGGAAGACCUCAGCUAGAAGACUCUGCCUGGUCCGAGUGUCACUUGUCCGCCCCCCCCCCCCCAUACCCCGUCCGCCGUGCCUAUACUUGGUAUCAGAGCUCAACAGCUUUCGGGAAGAGAGCAGCCGCCUUGUAAAUGCUGCCUGCCCACUCUGCGGCCUGAGAGGAGCCCCGGGGCAGGGGGCAGGCCAAACUGCUGUUUGUCUGGGUGGAGCCUGUCGUCACACUGUUUAUCCACCUCUGUUGGAGCCCCAAGCCCCUCUGUGUGCUGCAGCUGCAGAGUCGGCCCUGAGCUCCUGCGGUCACCGUCACCGCGCUGCUGGUUCCAGCCCCCCGCUCCGCCUGGCCUCCGCACCCCGCUGCCCUGUGCUCUGCUCCACGAGGAGGCCGGAGUCCACCAAGGCCACUGACCCACCGCUGGAGCCAUGGUCCAUGGGUACAAAGGAGUCAAAUUCCAAAACUGGGCGAGGACCUAUGGCUGUUAUCCGGAGAUGUACUACCAGCCCACGUCUGUGGAGGAGAUCAGAGAGCAGGUGCUGGCCCUGGCCAGGCAGCAGAACAAGCGGGUGAAGGUGGUGGGCGGUGGCCACUCACCUUCAGACAUCGCCUGCACCGACGGCUUCAUGAUCCACAUGGGCAAGAUGAACCGCGUCCUCAAGGUGGACACGGAGAAGAAGCAGGUGACCGUGGAGGCCGGCAUCCUCCUGGCUGACCUGCACCCACAGCUGGACAAGCACGGCCUGGCCUUGUCCAACCUGGGAGCCGUGUCAGACGUGACUGCAGCUGGCGUCAUCGGGUCCGGAACGCACAACACGGGGAUCAAGCACGGCAUCCUGGCCACCCAGGUGGUGGCGCUGACCCUCCUGACGGCCGACGGGACCAUUCUCUUGUGCUCUGAGUCCAGCAACGCAGAGGUGUUCCAGGCGGCACGGGUGCACCUGGGCAGCCUUGGAGUCGUCCUCACCAUCACCCUGCAGUGCGUGCCCCAGUUCUACUUGCAGGAGACUUCCUUUCCCUCAACCUUGACAGAGGUUCUUGACAACCUGGACAGCCACCUGAAAAAAUCCGAAUACUUCCGCUUCCUCUGGUUCCCGCACAGCGAGAAUGUCAGCGUCAUCUACCAGGACCACACCAACAAGCCUCCCUCCUCUUCAGCCAACUGGUUUUGGGACUAUGCUGUUGGAUUCUAUUUACUGGAGUUCCUGCUCUGGAUCAGCACCUUCCUCCCAGGCCUCGUGGGCUGGAUCAACCGCUUUUUCUUCUGGCUCCUGUUCAAUGGGAAGAAGGAAAACUGCAACCGCAGCCACAAGAUCUUCACCUACGAGUGCCGCUUCAAGCAACACGUGCAGGACUGGGCCAUCCCCAGAGAGAAGACCAAGGAGGCCCUGCUGGAGCUGAAGGCCAUGCUGGAGGCGCACCCCAAGGUGGUGGCCCACUACCCCGUGGAGGUGCGCUUCACCCGGGGGGACGACAUCCUGCUGAGCCCCUGCUUCCAGCGCGACAGUUGCUACAUGAACAUCAUCAUGUACAGGCCCUACGGCAAGGACGUGCCGCGGCUGGACUACUGGCUGGCCUACGAGACCAUCAUGAAGAAGGUGGGGGGCAGGCCCCACUGGGCCAAGGCCCACAACUGCACCCGGAAGGACUUCGAGAAAAUGUAUCCUGCCUUUCCGAAGUUCUGUGCCAUCCGAGAAAAGCUGGACCCCUCGGGGAUGUUCCUGAAUGUGUAUCUGGAGAAGGUGUUCUACUGAAGCACAAACAGAAAACAAGUCAAGCCCACCCCAUCCCAUUCCCCAGGCCCACUUCCCAUGAGGUUGAAGGCUCAGCGUCCCUCUGGCCUGAUGGGGAACAGACCUCUUCCCCCAGGCGCUCUGCCGCGGUGCCCACAGCUGCUCUAACCCAGAGUAAGGAGUCUGGAUCUGGGCAGCUCCCACUUCCCUCAUCCUCACAGGAACCCCAUGUAAGGAAGAGCACCAAAUCCCCAUUUACCUCUUCAGCCGCAUCCUUUCAGCCCAAGCCUGCAAUCACCACAUGCUGUUUCCCAGAAGACAGAGAAGCCCCCAAAUGUUCUGUGUCUAGGAGGUCAGGAUUCAGCCUUUCACAGGUUCCACCCGCUGGUUGGGUGUCCGGAGCUCCAGGGAUCCCUUGCCCACCCUUGCAGGGAGGGGUCCCCCUGGCAAGUGUUUGGGCACAGAGGUCGUGUGUGCUGUGCUCUGCUUUCUUUCACUCUCGAGGGUCUUUCAGAUGCUCAGGUGCGUGCCCCCUGCCCUGGGACUGCCCUCUUCCAGAGGGUCCACCUGUCCAUCUGACCUCCCAUAGCCCGACCUACAGUGUGUCUAUUCCAGGGGAUGUUUGGGGAGUGGGACUCUCCUUGCCUUCUUUUUAAUAAAGGCCAAGAGUUCAUUCAAUCUCUG